AUGUCUGAUCUGCCAAGGGCGAUCCCAGCUGACUCAGGAGCCGCCCUGAUGCAGCAGACAACAGCCCAGAUAGCACUACAUCUGAAAUGCAUUUUCACCCUCACCAAAUCCCGCCAAACACCACUCCCACCCGGCACAACCAUAACAAGCGACUCAAACCAGACCUACCGAAUCGAAGAAUUGCUCACUCACGGCGGUAAGUCUGGCUUACACCAAUACAUCAUAAAGAACAACAUCCCAGGCGACUUCCAACACCAGCUCAACAUCCAGAACCAGCUAUCAUCCUGUCCGAAUAUCCGGACAUUCGUCGAUUCUGUCCGCGAGACAGAAAAAAACCCCACCACUACGAACAAUAACAAAGAGCCAUCAAUAACGUCAAUCCAAAUCUCCGACUUGGAAGAUACAGUCAUCGUCCCACCAGGGAAAUGGCUGCGCGGACCCCUCUGCGGAAACGCACUCUGGCGCAGCGCCGAGAGCUGCAUGGUUUAUGUGAUGGCCAAUGAAAUGGUCCUUCGUGUUCCUGAUGAGCAGUAUAUUCUUCGUCUUCAACUGCCAUACUUUGCCGACGUAGAGGGCGUGGAGCGCUUUCUUGAGCAUAUAGGGGCGCAAAAUUCAUUCUUUGAUCGAAUAUUGGAGCUAAUCAAUACGUUUGGACCGGAGAAUCCGAGACAGCCGGUUGAGUGUCGGGGGUUUCUGGAGCCGGGGUUGAGGGAUUUGGUGGCUAGGAUGACUUAUCUUGAUCCGAGGGGGAGGAUUACCUUGAAAGAGGCGCUGGAGCAACCUUGGUUUGGGUGA